GUACAAAAACGUGGUGGAGGGUUGGUGGCGUCUACCAUAGUACCAUGACCAUCUACUUCGCUACCUCGCUCCACAAUUAUAAAAGCGAAACUCCACCAACAUUUUCUCCCCUCACUUCCAGUUUUCCCCUGAAGCUGAGCGGAAGAGAAAAGCUGCCGUAAUCUUCAAGGUAAGGAGGGCAAAAAAAUGGAGUCAGUGAAGAGAAUGAAGCUGGGUACUCAAGGUCUGGAAGUCUCAGCUCAAGGGCUCGGUUGCAUGGGAAUGUCAGCCUUCUGUGGCUCUCCAAAGCCAGACUCGGACAUGAUCGCUCUGAUCCCCCACGCCAUAAACAGCGGCAUCACUCACCUCGAUACAUCCGACUUGUACGGCCCUCGCACCAACGAGAUCCUUCUCGGCAAGGCUUUGAAGGGAGGGUUUAGGGAGAAAGUUGAGCUGGCUUCCAAAUUUGGAUUUGUUAUUGAAGAGGGGAAGAGCGGAAUUCGUGGAGAUCCUGCCUAUGUAAGGACUGCAUGCGAGGCUAGCUUGAAGAGGCUUGAAGUUGACUGUAUUGACCUUUACUACCAACAUCGCAUUGACACCACCGUUCCAAUUGAAGUCACGGUUGGGGAGCUGAAGAAACUGGUUGAAGAGGGUAAAAUCAAGUACAUUGGUCUGUCCGAGGCCUCAGCUGCAACGAUCAGAAGGGCUCAUGCAGUUCAUCCUAUAACUGCAGUGCAGUUGGAGUGGUCCUUGUGGUCAAGGGACGUGGAGGAAGAGAUUAUCCCCACUUGCAGAGAACUAGGGAUUGGGAUUGUUGCCUACAGUCCCCUUGGCUGAGGAUUCUUAGCUUCAGGACCUAAACUUCUAGACAGCCUUGCCGAUGGAGACUUCCGAAGGGUGUGUAUGCCUCUAUUCUGUGUCCUUUGUCUGUUCUUAACCCUUUAAGGUUUAGAAGUAGCAUUGUUUAGUGACUUAUAAUCCUUGCUUACCAUUUUCACCUUACAUCACAGACGCAACCAAGGUUCCAAGGCGAAAACUGGGAUCACAACAAAACCCUCUUCGAGAGGGUUUCUGAAAUGGCAAACCGGAAAGGAUGCACACCAUCACAACUGGCACUUGCAUGGGUGCACCACCAGGGAGAUGAUGUAUGCCCUAUUCCAGGAACCACCAAGAUCGAGAACUUCAACCAGAAUGUUGGAGCUCUAUCUGUCAAACUAACACCUGAAGAAAUGUCCGAACUAGAAGCCAUCGCAUCUACUGAUGCUGUGAAAGGUGAUAGAUACAUGGCAGGCAUGUCCACUUUCAAAGGUGCCGACACUCCACCUCUGUCUACCUGGAAAAGCGAAUAGGAAGUGCUGUUCUUUAAUGCAGUGAGUGAGUAAUGGUUUUGCAAUAAAAUGAGGUUUCUGAG